CAAAGUAGCCCAACAAGGAAACAUCACGUUGCACUGUUACGGCAUGUUGAAACUUCAUCCAGGACACAACUAGAACCGGAGAUGAACAGAAAGAAGGAUAAAGGAUUCGAGAGCCCACGCCCCUUUAAAUUGACCCACCAGGUGGUGUGCAUCAACAAUAUCAACUUCCAGAGGAAGUCUGUCAUUGGCUAUGUUGAGCUGACUAUUUUCCCCACAGUGGUCAACUUGAACAGGGUCAAGCUUAACAGCAAACAGUGCCGCAUUUACAGGGUUCGAGUCAAUGAGCUUGAAGCCCCAUUUAUUUACAAUGACCCCACACUGGAGGUGUGCCAUCAUGAGUCCAAGCAGAGGAAUCUUAACUACUUCUCUAGUGCUUAUACUGCAGCAGUGAGUGCUGUGGACCCUGAUGCAGGACAUGGGGAGCUGGUCAUCAAAGUUCCUUCUGAAUUCUGGAAACAAGGAGAUGAUUUGAAAUUUUUAAAGGUUUACAUAGAAUUUUCCUUGGACCAGCCAAAAGGGGGGCUCCACUUUGUUGUUCCUGAUGUGGAGGGCAGCAUGGCGGACAGAGGAGCUCAUGUGUUUUCCUUUGGGUACCAGAACUCCACCAGAUUCUGGUUCCCCUGUGUGGACUCUUACUCAGAACUGUGUACGUGGAAGCUGGAGUUCACCGUGGAUGCGUCCAUGGUGGCAGUGUCCUGUGGCGAUCUGGUGGAGACCAUCUACACCCAUGACAUGAGGAAGAAGACAUUCCACUAUGUUCUCCCCAUCCCCACAGCAGCCCCUAACAUCUCCUUGGCUGUGGGGCCCUUUGAAAUCCUUGUAGACCCCUACAUGCAUGAGGUGACCCAUUUCUGCCUGCCCCAGCUACUGCCACUCCUCAAACACUCCAUGUCUUACCUCCAUGAGAUUUUUGAGUUUUAUGAAGAGAUCCUGACUUGCCGCUACCCUUACUCCUGCUUUAAGACUGUGUUUGUGGACGAGACCUAUGUACAAGUCUCCUCCUAUGCCUCCAUGAGCAUCUUUAAUACCAACCUGCUCCACAGUGCUGUGAUAAUAGACCAGACCCCACAAACUCGCCGCUGUCUGGCGCAAGCCUUGGCUCAGCAGUUCUUUGGCUGUUUCAUCUCCAGGAUGUCAUGGGCUGAUGAAUGGGUGCUAAAGGGAAUCUCAGGUUACAUCUACGGCCUGUACCUGAAGAAAACCUUUGGAGUCAAUGAGUAUCGGCACUGGAUCAAAGAGGAGCUGGACAAGAUUGUGGAGUAUGAACUAAAGAUGGGAGGGGUUCUGUUGCACCCGACCUUCAGUGGGGGCAAAGAGAAAGACAAUCCAACUCCCCACCUUCACUUCUCCAUUAAGCAUCCCCACACACUGUCCUGGGAGUACUACAAGAUGUUCCAGUGUAAGGCCCACCUCGUGAUGAGGUUGAUAGAAAACAGGAUCAGCAUGGAGUUCAUGCUGCAGGUCUUCAACAAGCUCCUGAGUCUGGCCAGUACAGCCUCAUCGCAAAAGUACCAGUGUCACAUGUGGAGCCAGAUGCUUCUCUCUACUCACGCUUUCCUCAAGUCCAUCUCCAACGUCUCUGGCAAAGACAUAGGCCCAGUCAUCAAACAAUGGGUAGACCAGAGUGGUGUGGUGAAAUUCUUUGGCAGUUUUGCCUUCAACAGGAAGAGGAACGUGCUGGAGCUGGAGAUCCGUCAGGACUACACAUCAUCAGGAACUCAGAAAUAUGUGGUGAGCGUUAAGAUGCAGUAUGCGGAAUGACUAGAUGGAUCCUUUAACCACAACCUGCAGAUAGAGGAGAACAGCCUCAAGCAUGACAUCCCCUGCCACUCCAAGAGCAGGCGAAACAAGAAAAAGAAGAUCCCUCUGAUGAAUGGAGAGGAGGUUGACAUGGAUUUGUCAGCCAUGGAUGCUGACUCUCCUCUCCUCUGGAUCCGGAUUGACCCAGACAUGUCCAUUCUGAGGAAGGUGGAGUUUGAGCAGGCUGACUUCAUGUGGCAGUAUCAGCUGCGCUAUGAGAGGGACGUAGUAGCACAGGAGGAGGCUAUCUCUGCACUGGAAAAGUUCCCAACUCCCCCCUCCAGACUGGCACUGACUGACAUCCUAGAACAAGAACAGUGUUUCUACAAAGUCCGCAUGCAGGCCUGCUUCUGUUUGGCUAAGAUAGCCAAUGCUAUGGUGAGCACGUGGCAGGGCCCGCCAGCUAUGAAGUCCCUGUUCACCAGAAUGUUCUGCUGUAAGAGCUGCCCCAACAUUGUCAAGACCAACAACUUCAUCAACUUCCAAAGCUACUUCCUGCAAAAGACGAUGCCGGUUGCCAUGGCAUUAUUAAGAGAUGUCCAGAACCUCUGUCCAAGAGAUGUGCUCAACUUCAUACUUGACCUCAUCAAGUACAAUGACAACAGGAAAAACAAAUUUUCAGAUAACUAUUACCGUGCAGAACUGAUUGAAGCGCUGACCAACUCUCUGACCCCAGCUAUCAGCAUCAACAACGAGGUGCGAACAGUGGACAAUUUAAAUGCUGAUGUUCGUCUCAUUCUGGAGGAGAUCACCCGAUUCCUCAAUAUGGAGAAACUGCUGCCUAGCUUCAGAAACACCAUCACCGUCAGUUGUCUGAGAGCGAUUAGUCAGCUUCAGAAGAAUGGUCAUAUUCCCAGUGACCCAUCGCUCUUCAAGUCCUACGCUGAGUAUGGACACCUUGUAGAUGUUCGCAUUGCUGCUCUGGAGGCCCUUGUGGACUACACAAGAGUUGAAAGAAGUGCUGCAGAGCUGCAGUGGCUGCUCACCAUGGCCCAGGAUGACCCAGUUCAUUAUGUCAGACAUAGGAUCCUGGGUAUGCUGUGCAAGAAUCCACCAUUCACCAAGACAACUGACUCUGCUCUGUGUAAUGAAGCACUGGUUGAUCAACUCUGGAAGUUCAUGAACUCAGGUACCUCCCAUGACUGGCGACUGCGCUGCGAUGCUGUGAACCUCUACUACACAUUGUUCGGUCUGACUCGGCCUUCUUGCCUGCCACUGCCUGAACUGGGCCUGGUGCUCAACCUGAAAGAGAAGAAAGCUGUGCUCAACCCCACCAUUAAACCUGAGAUGGGGCUUGGUGCUGUUAUGGACACACCAGCUAGUAUAGGCAUCCAUGGUGUCGGCAUGAGCUACGCAACUGUAGAUGAAGAGCCAGAUCCCAUUUCAUUAGGGGUGUGUGGGGUGGGCCAGCCCCUUCAGGGCCUGAAGAGGAAGGCUGAGACCCCACUUGGCUCCCCUCCAGAACCAGGACAGGUACUGCAGCAGCAGGAUGAUGAUGGAAGAGCAGGGCGCUACAAGAUCAGGUUUAACACAAUGGAAGAUGAAGACAUUGACAUGGAGACUGUUCAUGAUAGUCAGGCCUUCAUUCACCAUCAUCUCAAUCUGUUAGAGAGACCCUCUACACCUGGUAAAGAGCCCCCAUUAGCUGAACAGUCCAUGCUCUCCAUGCCUGCCACGCCAGUGCCGUCCUUCUCUAAAGAGACCACCUCUUUGUUCUCCAAACACAGUGGCGAGCAUGGCCACCACCAUCACCACCACCACCACGAGCACAAGAAGAAGAAGAAAAAGCACAAGCAUAAGCACAAGCACAAGCAUAAACAUGAAAGCAAGGACAAGGAGAAGGACAGAGAGAGGGACACAUCGCAUGCCUACAGCAACAGCCCAUUCUUCCCCAUCUCUGUCUGA